UGCGCAGUGCCGUUUUAGACGUUUCUCCUUCACGUGGGUUGCAGGAGUGAAGUGGUCCGCUUUUAUGCUACUCUGUCAGACGAGCAUUUUAUAAAGAUUUGAUAAAAUGCAGGCUUUCCGGAAAUUUCUUCCUAUGUUUGACCGUGUAUUGGUGGAGCGGUUAGCUGCAGAGACUGUGACAAAAGGAGGUAUCAUGAUUCCAGAAAAGUCUCAAUCCAAGGUGCUGCAGGCUACAGUGGUAGCAGUGGGACCAGGAUAUGCCAACAAGGAUGGGAAUGUAACACCCGUGUGUGUCAAAGUUGGAGAGAAAGUUUUGCUGCCAGAGUAUGGAGGAACUAAAGUUGUUCUUGAUGAUAAGGACUAUUUCCUGUUUCGAGAUGGAGAUAUUCUUGGCAAAUAUGUAGAUUGAAGUCUGCUUGUUGUCCAACCAUCUGUGUCAUUCUGGUGUUGAGAAAAUGGUUUCUAAUUUUUUCCUUUUUUUCUGUCAUUCGAUUGUAAAUACAUAUGAUCAUGUUUUGUUACAAUAAAGUUAUCUGGAUGUUCUACCUUGGUGCUUUCUUAUAGAAAUACAUGUAACAAAAGAGUUUAGAAUUGAAAGUGUGAGCGGUGUAACAUGGAUUUUGACUAUUAGAAAACAACACAAUGAUUCUCUUUCAUGAAAAGGGAGCAGAGGAAAUUUCCAUGUAAAUGGUUCAUCAAUCCAUUCUUACAAUAAUUGUUACAUUGAUUUAAAUGACCAAUGACUAGCUGUAGAAUUUUACAGUGGGGUUUUAUUGUGUUUCUAUAAUCUGUCAUUAUAAAUGUACAAAUUAUAGGUGUUACUAGAAGUUGGACAAGGAUAACAAACACCUUUAUUCCCCUAAUUGAUUAUGAAUCUGUGCUGCAGGUGAGCAGAAGGUAUUGCUAUUGUACAGGGACAAAAUUGUACAGUGCAUUCUGAAAUUAAACUGACUUAUAUUUUACUGAUAUUAUGUUUUAGAAAGGUGCGCGCACACACACACACACACAUAUAGAGGGGUCCAAAAGUCUGGGAUCACUAGUGAAUAUACUUCCAUUAUGCAAUCUUUUAUAAUGCUAUUAUUAUUAAUUUUCACAUUGCAAAUUGAAUUAUCAGCAAAAUGAUUAAAGUGAAAAGUUGAGCUGAAACAUUUACUUAAAUACAUUUACUGAAUUCUUAGUACAAUGCACAGACUCCCACAAAUUUGUGCAAAUGCCAAACCUGCUGAUCCAUGUAAACACUGCAUAUUUGAAUGAUGUUCCAAAACAAUUUGUAUUGUGUGCUUCAAUGAAAGCAAGCAAAUUUGACCUCUAGUACAAAGGAGUAAAAGUAACAAAUUUGCUUGCUUAAGUGACAGAAAUUGUGCAGAAUCUUAUAUGUCUUUAUAUUUUGAUAGUUCUUGUUUGUUUUAAACUAAUAUUUUCAAUGAUUAAAUGAAAAGGUCCCAUCCCACCAGACAUUUAAUGUGGUCUAAUCUUAGAAAACGACCUCACUAUGUUAGAAAUUUAAGUGCAGGUAAUUUGGUACUUUUGGACAUAAACUAAGGUUCUGUCAAUAAA